GAUAAGAGAGAGAGCAGCAUCAUCUCUUGAGCACAUUCAGCUUGCAGCAGUUCAAGAGGCAAGCAGGCAGAGUAGAGUAGAGUGGGGAGAACACCAGCACCUCACCGAAGGGGACGACACCACACCACACCUCUCUGUCGCAGACGCACACUCUCUCACGUCACACACGCAUUUGUGAGGAAGACGUGAGGCUCAGGAGGAGGAACACCUCAUAACACGCUGGCUGCUGUUUUGCUGGCUUAGCUGCGCUUUGGAGAGCUGUCUCUUGAAGACUGGACCAGAGCUGUAUCCAUCGUUUCAUCCAUCCUUUCCUUCCUGCUUUCCAUUUCCUCCAACACAGAAGCAGCUCUCCGUCACCUGUCCCUCCAUCAUUUGGACUGAUUUGCUCUCUGUCAUUCAUCUAACCUCUGAUAAGUGUUUUUCUCUCUGUCUCUGCUCUCAUCCAUCCAGCCAAGAAAUUUAGAGACACACUUAGAGAGCAGGUAACCGACCAACUGAGAGACCGACCUUUCAACCGCAAUCAUGAACUUCCUUCGACGCCGUCUCUCUGACAGCAGCUUCAUGUCCAACCUGCCCAACGGCUACAUGACAGACCUCCAGAGGCCUGACCCACCUGCUCCUCCUCCCCCCACCGCCUCCUCACCUGCCCAGCAGGGCGCACCCCCCGCCACAGCGCCCGUCCCUGCCCAGUCCCCGACCAAAGCUCCAGCACCCUCCCAGGCACCAGCCAGCUCCCCCGCUGCUCAGGAGCGGCGUCCGACCCAGCUGGCUCAGCAGCCUCAACAGGCCCAGUCCUCCUCCUCCAGCGGUUCCUCUGGCUUCUUCAGCUCCUUCAGCUCCAUCACCAACGUGGUCAAACAGACGGCUGCGUCCGCCGCCGGGUUUGUGGAGCAGUCGGCUCCGUCUCCCUCCCUCUCCAAGAAGUUCAAGAUCCUGUUGAUCAUUGACGAGCCCCAGCAUGAGUGGGCCAAAGUGUUCCGGGGAAAGAAGGUCCUCGGGGACUACGACAUCAAAGUGGAGCAGGCCGAGUUCUCAGAGGUCAACCUCGUCUCACAUUCAAAUGGAACCUGCAAUGUGGACAUGCAGGUUGUCAGGGGUGGAACCAAAGUGGUCAGGUCUUUCAAGCCUGACUUCGUCUUGGUGCGUCAGCAUGCUUUCAGCAUGGCCCAGAACGAGGACUUCAGGAACCUGAUCAUCGGUCUGCAGUAUGCAGGCGUCCCCUCAGUCAACUCUCUGGACUCCAUCUACAACCUCUGCGACAAACCUUGGGCCUUUUCUCAGCUGAUCAAUAAUCAGAAGAAGCUGGGUUCAGAUAAGUUCCCUCUCAUUGAUCAGACUUUCUACCCCAACUACAGAGACAUGAUUACUACACCAGGCUUCCCAGUAGUGGUGAAGAUCGGACAUGCCCACUCUGGAAUGGGAAAGGUCAAAGUGGACAAUGUGAGUGACUUCCAGGACAUUGCAAGUGUGGUGGCCAUCACUCAGACCUACUGCACUACAGAGCCAUUUGUAGACGCCAAGUACGACAUCAGGGUCCAGAAAAUCGGCACUGACUACAAAGCAUACAUGCGAACAUCCAUCUCUGGUAAUUGGAAGAGCAACACCGGAUCUGCCAUGUUGGAACAAGUAGCCAUGACUGACAAGUAUAAGCUGUGGGUUGAUACCUGCUCAGAGAUCUUUGGAGGCCUGGAUAUCUGUGCCGUCAAAGCCAUCUGUGGCAAGGAUGGUAAUGACUACAUCACUGAGGUUGUGGGUUCAUCCAUGCAGUUGAUUGGUGAUCACCAGGCAGAGGACCGCCAGCUCAUCUCAGAGGUGGUGAUCACUAAGAUGAACCAAACAGUGGCUGUCAGGUCAUCCAGUGCUUCCCGCUCACCUGCUCGCUCCCCUCAAGGCCACAAGCCAACGACUGUGCAGCCCCAGCAGAGUGCUGCCCUUAAGGAAGGACUGGCAGAUCCAAACAGGACGUCAGGCCAGCGCCCUCAACCUCAAGGUGCACCAGUGAAAUCACAGAGUGUGGACCCAUCAUCAGAGUCAUCAGCUAAGAAAGCAUCUGAACCAGUAUCAAAGCCUGGCCAGGCCCAGAAACCUAGUCCAGGUCCAGCUCAGAAACCAGCUCAGACUCAUAAGCCAAGCCCAGUUCAGAAAGCUGCCUCAGUCACAAAACCUCCAGUUCCGAGGCCUCCCCCGAUGACGAGAGCCCCAUCCAUCGCAAAGUCAGCCCCGGAUUCUGCUGCCGCCCCAGCCCCAGCCAAAGCUUCACCAUCAUCCCCAGCUAAAGCAGCAGCAGCCGUGGCAGCUCCAGCCUCUCCUCCGACCAAAGCAGUUGCAGCAGCAGCAGCAGCAGCAGCAGCAGGCACAGCUCCAGGCUCCCCUCCAACCUCGGCCGCAGCCCCAGCCCCAGCCUCUCCCGCUCCCUCAGCUUCUGCUCCUACAACAGAGCAGCCCAAGCCCCAGCCUCAGGGCUCCCCAUCCCCAGCUCCUGGUAAACCAAAAGAGCUGCCCCCUAAACCCACACCACCUGCAAAGCCCAUCCCUCCUAUGCGCAGGAAUUCAAAACCACAGCUCCAGCCAAAGCCACAAACCCCACCUCUUCCCAAAGCUUCACCCAAACCCCAGCCCACUGCCCCAGCCCCAGCACCUGCUCCGACCUCAGAUACUGCCUCAGCCUCAGCCCCUGCCCCUGCCCCUGCCCCUGCCCCUGCCCCUGCCCCAGUGCAGGUUCAGUCCCCAGCCAAAGCCAGCCAGUCCCCGCCUAAUGUCCAGUCUCCAGCUAAGGCUCAUCCCCAGGCCAAGCCGGCCUCUCCCUCUCCAAACCCUGAGUCUGCCCCAGCUGAAGCAGCUGCGGCCCCUGCUGAGGCCCAGGCCCCUGUGGAAGAACAGCCAGCAUCCCAGCAAAAGAGCCAUCCUCUGCUGAAUAAGUCCCAGUCCCUGACCAAUGCCUUCAACGCUUUCAGCGACUCUUCUUUCUUCCGCGGUGUUUCAAGCUCCGGAGGCGACGGCCAAGACGAGGCAAAGGCAGAGACCAUUCGCAACCUCCGAAAGUCCUUCGCCAGCCUUUUCUCUGACUAGACACAGGACGACCGUAGUCAGCCCGUUACUGAUUCUGGCCCCCCUUUUACCUUUGGCCAGUGAUGACUUGAUUGACAUUAUAUGUGAACCAGUCUGAGAUUAAACUUUGUGUGUUAACUGUACUGUAUUCCCUCCUUCCCGGUCCCUCUUCUCCUUCACUUUCAGCUCCUCUGUGUGAGUAACAGUGAGGCCUGCUGGGUAGGAUGUUCAGCGAAUGAUGCUGUGUCAGAUUAAUUGGACUGAAGGAGUUACGUCAUUGAUGUAGAAGAGAAUAGAUAGAAUAGAAUUAAAACAUAUUUAUUUUUCCCAGAGCACACUUUCUGAAAUAUAUGAAAGUAUAUGAAAAGUAUUAUAUUCAAGACUACAUAAUUAAUGUACAUACACUUUAAAUACAGAAAAUAAAGAUUAAGAUAUAACUAUAAAGGGAGAUAAGCCAAUAUUUUAAAUAAAUCCAGUAGCACUUUUCAAUUAGCUUUUAUCAGUGACAUGACUCUUUCACUCAGUGGCUGGAUUUAUACACAUUUUAAAAGAUGAUCAGAUAUUUGACAUUUGAUGGUCCCCCCCCCCCCUCUACCCCCCACUGUGAAUGAUUUUUUGUCAGUAAGUGAAAGUACGUGAGUAAAAGAAGAAUAAAAAAAACUACAUCUUUAAGGAUCUGUUCCUGUGUAAGUCCAUGAGGUCGUCAUUGCUGCCCCUUUUUUGUGUCUACAAGCUACAAGUUCAUUGUUGUGUGAGGGAGUUGGAAAUAUGUGUAUGUUCAUCUGUGUUCUGUUGAUAUGCAUGGCUCCUCCAAGUGGUUCAGUGUGACUUCAGGAGCAGAAAGACGAUCAGUGUUGAGUUUUGCCCUCCGUUGCCUCUCUCGCUCUCUCUCUCUCUCUCUCUCUCUUUCUCUCUCUCUCUCUCACUAUCUCUCUCUAGAUGUUGUAGCCUUAUUGUGAACAUGUUUUCAAUUCACAGCUACGUUUGUUAGUUGUGCAGACCUGGGUCGAUUACAGCUCGAAAUCCAUUCAUUUACCUCAACUGUUUGAGUUGGAGAACCACUGAGGGCAAGACUUUUAUAGUUUUGUGAGCUUUGGGAUUUGUCCUAAUGUACCAGACUGAUUAAAUCAAUCCUAAAAAAGUAAGUGAAUGCAUUUCAAACAGUAACUCAUGUCUGUUGCUGUGACUGGUGAUUUCCCGUUUCACCUCUGUGUAGAUCUAUCAACAGUAUUGUAAUUUGUUGAUUAUUCUCAUAAAAAGACAUUGAGACAGUAGUGCAAUAACACCUCGACAUGACUGUUGAGCGCUGUCAUCCUAUUAUACAUAUAAAUAUGAUUAUACAUACAGGACCUGUGUAUCUGUUAAGUACCUUAUUCUUACAUUCCCUUUAAGAUUCCUUUCAGUGGUGACUUUCCAGGUUGCUUCUUACUGCAGCCAGAUGCUGGGUUUCAGAUUAAUAUGCCAUAUUAAAAAGUUGUUUUUUGUGAUUAAUCCUAUUUGUAUUAUAGGACUGAAUUCAAGGCAACCUGGAAUCAACCCACCCUGAACCUUAACUGGUCAUUUUCAGUUGAGUUGCUGCAUUUCAAGUCCAAAUGUGUAAAAAAAAAAAUUUUAAAAAUCUCAACACAUACUGCAUAUCAACCUGUCUGCUUAUCCAUCAUGAGUACUAUGUUGCAAGUAAAUUAUAACAUAUUGUAUUUGUAUGUAUGUACGUACGUGUCAUCUCAGGAGUUUAUUUUUUGUAAUAUAUUGACUGAUUGAUUUAUUUUUUUGAGGCUCCAUAUUUAUGGUACAGUAUAUUCUUUGUUUUGUAUUGUGUUUUUAUUUGUAACGCAAUACUGCUUUGCAUGAUCUGGUGACUAAUGUUUUUUUUUUCUGUACAGAUAAAAGUUAAUAAAGAUG